UAUAUAAAUGAAUAACCGCCAAUAACAUAAGCUUGUUGCAUGCAUUGUUAUCGAACAGCAAUUCAAGUGUUGUAAAAGUCGCCAAUUUGAAAACCUUCGAACACAGCAAACAAACCGGCUGAACAAUUAACAGUGUAUUUGCGGUCUUCGAAAAUGAUUGAUAAACUUUACUAUUAAAUGUGGUAGGUAAACAAGUUGAACAAAAUAAAAUCAAUAUGUCGACAACCACAUCACACCACAAACGUCUGGCAUAUUGUACUACACGACCGCAAUAUAGACAGGGUCGCGAACUUAAAGCAGUGAAAGUUUAUACGGUUGCCAGUGAGUCUCGCCAUAUGUUAAUCUUCGGGGUGCCAAAAGUUAAUCUACACUCUGAAAUUAAAAAUAAAUUGCAGCAAUUUGGUAAACUGCGUUCCUUCACCUGUGUUAGCAACGAAAUGGCAGAACGAAUUGAAUUGGAGGCCUUUACAGAUGUUUAUGCAGCACAAUUUGAGCGACUGGAACAAGCACGACAUGCGAAACGCCAUCUGGAUGCAAAGCAGUUUUUUGGAGGCAUUUUGCACAUCUCAUAUGCACCCGAAAGAGAGAAUUCAGAGGAGUUGCGGGAGAAGCUGUUGCAGAGACGUAAAGAGAUUGCUCAACGCUUGCAGCGCAAUCAGUUGGAACAAUCACAUUGAACUUGUAUAAAUUAUAAUUUAUGGAUUUUAUUCAACCUCCUAACACAUGAUAACACGAGCCUCAAAGGCUGAACGAUGAUGAUCCUUUGUCGAUUAUCCAAUAUUA